UCUCUCACACAGCGCUCAGUUAUCGCAGGACUGCCGUGAGACACGGGUGUGUUGUGUGAACGAAAAUAACCUGUUUGUAAACUGCGUACUUAUUGAAACGAAUAACAUUAAAAGUUAAUAAAAUACACCUGAAGUUGAGUGCUAUACAAUAUUCCGGUUCACGGUUACAGUGUGUGCGUUGCAGUGAGUUAUAUGUCCUUGAUUUGGAGGCUUCGACGCUAGUUCUUCUUUUACAAACAACGUGCGAGCGGCAAGAUUCCACAUUCAACCUAUCUACAGUCUACAGACUCCAAAACACAGAUUGAGAAUCGAAGGUGCCAGUGGCUGUGAUGAUGGCGCCGAGUGUUUUCCAGAGGACGAAGUCACCGCGGUCUUCACCAGGAAACCAUGCACGGAAACUACAGAAUGGAACAGAAGCAAGCCAAGCAGAGAACACGGCAGACUCCAGUCCCGGUAACUCAAUAUCAGAUGCAGAGAAUUUCGAGUGUUAUGGAGAAGCUGAUGGCGACGCACCUAACAACACAACGGAAAAUGGAACAAGAAGUCCAGGCAAUCCUUUAAAUCGGCAUUCUUGGACGAGAACCAGCUUGAGGCGGACACCACCUAGCCAUCAAGAGAAUCUUCCGCAUCGCCGAUGGGGAUCCAUGAGACACUCGGGAAAACGACAAAUCGGAUCCAAUGUCUUAGCAAGCCAAUUGUACCGGUCGUCGUCCUUCAACUCGUCCGGGUGCGGGUCAGGCGGCGAGCCCGCGGACGACAUGUACUCAGAUGUCUCGCUCGAGGAGGACGUACAAGGACUAAACUAUAAGGUUCAACUACUACAGCAGCAAGUCACAUCACUAGCGGACACGCAGAGCACGGCGGACGAGCGGUACGCGCGCGCGAAGGCCGACAACGCAGUGCUACAAGCCCGCGUACACAUGCUCGACGAACAGAUUAGAGAGAUUGAAUGCCGCUGCGAAGAGCGUAUAGCGGAAGAACAGAAAAGAUGUAGAGAGGCGAUAGCUCGUGUAGAGCGGGAUAGAGAUGCGCAGUUGGCGGCGCUCAAUGACCGCCUGUCUGCUGCUGAAGCGGAGGCGUCCGAUCUCAAGCAAGAGGUGGGCAGACUGCGCGGCGUAGCAGAAACACUGCGCGCGAACGCCGAAAUAAGUUCCCGUAGCGCGCGCGAAGCUCAAGAAGCGGCUGGCGAGUUGGCCGCGCAGCUCAGUACCGCGCGGGACGCCGAGCGACGCGAACGUGAUACUUGUGAAGCGACACGUGCGUUGCUAGCGGCCGCACAACAGGAGAUACGAGCGUUGAGUGCUGCCCCACCGCCGCCCCCCGACCCCCGUUUGGAUGAACUGCGGCAAGAGCUUGUGCUGUUGCGCACGCAGAACAAAUCUCUCACAGAAGCGCAAGAAGAGUUACAAGCGCAGAUCCUCACCCGCGGUGUAGAAGAAGGCCGCAGUCUGUUAGAUGGUGUGAGUGGCCCACUCGUCGCUACCAACUCAUUGGCGCAUGAACUGUCGCAGAUGAGUGACCAUGAGCUCGUUGGUAGCGAACAAACUGAUCACAGCAUAGAGUUGGAAAAGUUACAAAAGGCAUUAAAAGAACAGCAAGACGUCAACGUGCAGCUAAGAAAUUACAUCGAUGGAAUUCUUCUAUCCAUAGUCGAGAAUUAUCCACAGCUACUCGAAGUCAAGUAUCAGAAACCAGAUUUAAAAUCAUAACGCCAAUGUGUCCAAAAUAUUCUGUAAACUAGAUAUUCGAGUUGAGCACCUCUAGCCAUCUCUUUCUGAAUUAUCUCUUUUAUGUGUUAUAGAAUGAGAUAGCAUGAUCAUUUUUAUCUCGAAAUUAUUAGCACAGAUUAUAAAAUGUUC